AUGUUUCAGUACACGCUGAAUAGUACCCGAUCAGUACCCAUCAGUGCACUUAUCCUCUGGUCACAGAAUAUUGCUAUCGGUCGUCGUUGGGGCACUAGUCCUCUAGCGGCGGCUCGAACAAACAGCCGUGAGGCCUACACACAGUUUGCGGCUGCCUCCGACGAGAAUGCCCGCUUCUGCACUCUGCGCGGUCAGCUGGACUUCAUCUACCCCCGACAGCCCAUCGCCAUCGACUAUGUGGAG